GGGAGAGAAAGUGCCGCGUCCUUGAAAUCAGAAGUUGGAGAGAAGCAGAGAGUUGUUGUUUGACGGCGAAAUCAAAUAUCUCUCUUUACGCGCACCACUAACAGGGAGGUGAAUGGACCUCCACCGCCCCUUCAAGAUGGACAGCUCCUCUUACCUGCCAGCUCCACUGGCCUCCCCCGCCCUGAUGGUGCUUGCCUCCACUGCCGAGGCCGGCCGAGAUGCCUCUGUCCCCUGCCAGGCGCCCAGGCCCUUCGGUGUCCCCGCCUCCAUGGAGAAGGACCUCCACCUCCCCUUCCCCUCGGCCUCUUACACCUUCACCUCCAUGUAUCAGCGCCAGGGCCCCAUGUCAGGCACCUUUCCCUCCCGAGACUUCCCAGCCACCCUGCUCCACCUACACCCACAGUUCAACCCGCCGAACCUGGACUGCUCCACCCUGAGCAUGCUCAACCACAGCGGGGUGGGCGCCUUCCGACCUUUUUCCUGCCCGCAAGAGGAGAGGGAGUCGGGGCUUUACCAUUCAGCUUUCACCCCCGCCAAGAGGCUGAAAAGCUGCUUCCCAGAGGUGGAGGGGAAGGAGUUUGACUUUGGCUCCCCGGGCGGCUCCCUCAAAGCUGGGGAGGACUCAGGGAGGAAGCUGUUCUCCAUGUCCGGCCUGCUGUCUGAUGGCGAGGCAUCAUCGAGCCCAGAGGAGCGCAAAGAGCACAGCAAAGUGAAGGCUCUCUAUGACGCUCAGGCCCCAAUGUGUCCAGUCUGCCAGGCGAUUCUGCGACCAGGAGAGCUGCAGGAACACAUGGAGCAGGAGCUGACCAAACUUGCCCAGAUACAUAUCAGUGCCACCACAGUGCAGCACAACCACCUCAUAAGGUCGCCGAAGUCUCUGUCGCUCUCACUUCAUAUCAAGCGCGAAGGAGGUUCUCCCACUUCGCCAGCUCGAACAUCUGAAGACGCACACUCCGACCGCUACCAGACGUUUCUCCGUGUCCGGGCCAACAGACACACGAGACUAAAUGUCGAUGACCUCUGCUGGUGCAGGUGCUACGUCAAAUCUGCCCCAUUACGCCCCCACAGCGCAGGAGCCCACCUAGACUGCACACAAGCUGUCAGGAUCGGAAAGCUGAAGAGGAGGAAACAAGAAGAUGGACAGGAGGGUUCAGCUGACUUGGCGCCGUUGCAGGACGAGUGGAAUGAGAGGAGAAGGAUGCAGAUGUCGUCCAUAGUGCGGGGGUUUAAAGGUGCAGCGCUGGUGAGCACGACUUCUAAAGAGUGCAGAGACAGCGACGCAGACCUGGACGUGGAUGGAGACGAUACUCUGGAGUACGGCAGAGCGCAAUACACAGAGACCGAUGUGAUCCCGUGCUCAGGAGAAAGCUCCAGGGAGACAACAUUGAACAGCAGCAGUGCGUUGCCUGACUCUAGAGUAAACCUAGAGUUUCCCAAAUGGUCAAAUGAUGGGAGUCCAUCUACCAGCGGUGGAGAGAAAGUGGACGGCAGCAUAGCUGGUCUCCCAAAAACCUGCAAAAACUCUGUGAUAGAAACACUCUCAGAGGAUUCCACGCUGACAACUCUGGAUGCACUUAAAGCUCGGAUACGGGAUUUGGAGAAACAGUUGUCUAAAGGAGACAGAUUUAAAUGCCUCAUAUGCAUGGACACUUACACGACCCCUCUCACCUCCAUCCAGUGCUGGCAUGUUCACUGUGAGGAGUGUUGGCUUCGAACGCUGGGAGCAAAGAAGUUGUGUCCUCAGUGCAACACUAUCACCUCACCUGGAGACCUGAGGCGGGUCUACCUGUGACGCAGCCACUCACACAAUAAGGAGAAGGGAUAAUUCUGUUUUAACCAAUUGGGUGGAUUUGUGGGCAGCUGGCCUGUCACAGACUCCCUCCUUCAUCCUCCUCCUCCUCCUCCUCCUCCU